GUCGACGUGAGUAAAAACGCUUUUUCUCCAGAUUUAACGACAACCAAUCGAUGAGUCAUGACUCAUGAGGGACACCAUUGAAACGUUUGGUUAACAUAUUGCCUUCAAAGCCUUUUUUGGUUUUUCUUCAUUUCUCUUUCGCGAAGUUUCAUUGAUCAGAAAGGGUUCCCACUUUCUCCAUUGAUUAUUCUUUUGUUCGAUUCUUCUCGGUAUGUUUCGAUCUGGCUAAUUGAUUUCUUUUUUCUUUUAGUUACGAUUUUACGUUUAGCAUUUUCAUUAUUGUCCCCUGUUAGAUUUCGAUUCAGAUUUCAGAGUGUAGUUUCUGCUGAUCUAUAGAAAUGUUAUAUGGUGAUGUGAGAGAUUUAUAAUCUAUGGGAUCUGAUGUCAAAGUUUCCAACUUUAUGUGAAAUGUGUGUUGGUGACAUUGAGAUUCAGUUGGUUAAGGUUUUGUUUUCAGGUGUGAUUUGGUAUCAAAAUGGCGUAUGAGGAACACUUUCAGCAAACUUCUGAAGCUAAAUAUGAUUGUCUUUUAUUUGAUAUAGAUGAUACUCUUUACCCUCUCAGUUCUGGUUUGGCCAUGGAAGUGAAAAAGAACAUUCAAGAAUAUAUGGUUCAGAAACUUGGUAUUGAAGAAGAUAAAGUCCAAGAACUUUGCCUUUCCCUUUAUAAAAUCUAUGGAACUACUAUGGCUGGUCUCAAGGCUGUGGGUUAUGACUUUGAUUAUGACGAUUUCCAUCGUUUUGUUCAUGGGAGAUUGCCAUACUCAACACUGAAGCCUGACCCAAUUCUGAGGAAUAUUAUUCUUAGCUUGCCUAUUCGGAAAGUUGUUUUUACGAAUGCAGACAAGGCUCAUGCAGCCAAGAUUAUUGCCAGGCUAGGCCUAGAGGGCUGCUUUGAGAAAAUCAUAUCUUUCGAGACUCUGAACCCCAUCACCAAAACUGAAUCUCCUGUUGAUACCAAAACCAGAGAAAUCUUCGACAUAAUCAGUUACAUGGCAAAUCCUGAUUCAAGCAUUGAACUUCCAAAGACUUCUGUUGUAUGCAAACCUUCUGAAGGAGCAUUCGAACAGGUUUUCAAGAUGGCCAACAUCAAUCCUAAGAAGACAUUGUUCUUCGAUGACAGCAUCCGCAACAUUCAAACUGGGAAGCGCGUUGGUCUCCACACCGUAUGGGUUGGGACCUCACACAGAGAGGAAGGAGUAGAUAUUGCAUUGGAGCAUAUUCACAACAUACGUGAAGCUCUUCCUCAACUAUGGGAUGCUGUUGAUGACAAAGCCAAGGAGAUUAGAACCAGGCAAAAGGUCGCCAUUGAAACCAUUGCUUAA